AAUAGAGAGGGACCGGCGCGUGCUUUCUCUUAGAUCAACUCCACGACAGCGGAUCAGAUCAACAGAUUUCACCGGAGCUCGUGAUGUUGGCUGUGCUUGCCGUUCUGUGUGCGCUCUUGGUUCCGUGCGUCCCGGUUGCGGCGGAUCUCCACGCGGUGAACUGCACCCAGGUGAAAGACGCCUUUACCGACCUGGGUUACGGUCCUGCAAAUGUUCCCACCGAGGAAACAGCAGGAGAGGACCUGCGGGUUUGCGUUCCUCAGAAAACCUGCUGUAAUGCAGAAAUGGAGGAGAAGUUCAGCCAGAGAAGCUCACGGGACUUUGAGAAGCUCAUGGACGACACGAGCGAAGAGCUGAGGGACGCGUUUAUGACCGGACAUAAAAGGUUUGAUGAUUUCUUCUUGGAGUUGCUGGAGAACACCGAGCGCUCUCUGAACGAGAUGUUUCUGCGCACGUACGGGAAGCCCUACUUGCAGAACGCCGAGGUCUUCCAGGGCCUGUUCGCCGAGCUGAAGAGAUACUACACAGGCGGCAACGUCAAUCUGGAGGAGAUGCUGAACGAUUUCUGGAUGCGUCUGCUGGAGCGCAUGUUCCAGCUCCUGAAUUCCCAGUACCUCAUCACCGAAGACUAUCUGGAAUGCAUCAGCAAGUACAUGGAGCAGCUUAAGCCCUUUGGAGACGUUCCCAAGAAGCUCAAGUCUCAGGUUACACGAGCGUUCAUCACCGCCCGCACCUUCGUCCAGGGCCUCAUGGUUGGACGGGAAGUGGCUAACAGGGUUUCCAAGGUCACCAUGAGCUCUGCGUGCGUCAGCGGCUUCACUAAAAUGCUCUACUGCUCGUACUGUCAGGGUUUGUUCACGCUGAAGCCCUGCAACAACUACUGUCUGAAUGUGAUGAAGGGCUGCCUGGCCAAUCAGGCCGAUCUGGACCCAGAAUGGAGCAAAUACAUCGAUGCCAUGCUGCUUGUGACCGAGCGUCUGGAGGGACCCUUCAACAUGGAGUCCGUCAUGGAGCCCAUAGAUGUGAAGAUAUCCGAAGCCAUCAUGAACAUGCAGGAAAACAGCAUGCAGCUCUCCUAUCAAGUUUUCCAAGGCUGUGGACAGCCGAAGCCUUCAGGAAUGAGCAGGUCGGCCCGCGGCGUCUCCGACACGUUCAGCGGCCGCUUCAGUCCCUACAACCCCGAGGAGCUUCCGACCGCCGCGGCUGCCACACGACUGGACCGCCUGGUGAUUGACGUCAAGGAGAAGCUGAAGAAGUUCAGGAAGUUCUGGACGUCACUUCCUGAGGCCUUCUGUCAGGAGGAACAUGUGGCGGCUGCAGAAAGCGCAGAGGACGACUGCUGGAAUGGUCGUGAAAAGAGCAGAUAUGUCCCUGAGGUUCUGAAAGACGGACUGACCAAUCAAGCGAAUAACCCGGAGGUGGGUGUGGACAUUUCCAGACCGGACACUCUGAUUCGACAGCAGCUCAUGGCUCUCAGGGUGAUGACCAACAAACUCAAGAAUGCAUAUGACGGCAAUGAUAUCUACUUUCAGGACUCGAAUGACGAGAGCAGCGGUUCUGGCAGCGGCAGCGGCUUCACUGAGACGAGCGUCACUGAAUCAGACUCCUUCAUCACUGACGCUCCCGUUCAGGAAGCAGAGAAAACAGAUGAAUCAUCUCCUGCUUCCAUCAUCCAGCCCAACCUACUGCUGCUGCUGGUCUUCACCGCGCUGGCCUUGAAAGAGCACUGGAGAUAGUGACCGCUGAGCUCCACACAGACUGCUUGUGUUUUAUAUCAGACUGGACCACUGAUCUCAGCCGUCUGAAGACUUUUGAGGCCAUUCUUCCUGAUUCAAAGAUCACAGAGCGGCAGGUUUUGCAUGAUGGAAGAUCUUCAAAAGGGUCGUAAGCAUUUCAGUAUAGUAGAUUAAAGAAGUAGUUC